GUUUCUAGGAUCUGGUGGAAUUUGGAAGAGACCUUAACAGUAAAAUGCUUGAUUGAGCUCAUCUCUGUAAUUCAGUAAUUCGCUGACAAGAUUUCUAUUUAUUUAUUCUUAUUUUCGUUAAAAAGAAACUUUUAAGUUUCUGAAGCUUUGAAAAACUAGGGGAAAAAAAAAAAGAAAAAUGGUGCAAAGUCUUCUACAAGCAGUACCAGUUCUCCAUUCUUGCUCUUCUCUUUCUUCCAUUCCUUCCAAUAUCUUUACCUCUAGAGGAGUGCAGGGUAAAACUGUGGUAAAGUGUCAAAUUGAGAAUUCUGUGGCCACUAAUAAGCUAGUGUGUAGACAUGUCUUAUCUGGUCUUGUGGCUUCGUUGAUAUUUGUCUCUCCAAUAAACCAGGCUACUGCUGCUGGUUUAACCCAUCAAGGAAAUAUAUGCCAGCUUGCUAGUGCAGUAAAUAAUUUGCCAAGUCUUCCACUUGAUGAGGAUUCUGAUAAAGGAGGUGGGAAGCUAAUGAUGAUGAGAGGCAUGACGGCCAAGGAUUUCGAUCCCAUCAGAUAUUCAGGAAGAUGGUUUGAAGUGGCUUCACUUAAACGUGGAUUUGCCGGACAAGGUCAGGAAGACUGCCACUGCACGCAGGGAGUAUAUACGUUUGAUAAGGAAGCAUCAUCCAUCCGAGUUGAUACCUUCUGUGUCCAUGGAGGUCCUGAUGGAUACAUUACAGGCAUAAGGGGAAAGGUUCAAUGCCUUCCGGAGGAAGAUUUGCAGAAAAACGCGACAGAACUGGAAAACCAGGAGAUGAUCAAAGAGAAAUGUUAUCUGCGUUUCCCAACAUUGCCAUUCAUUCCUAAGCAGCCAUAUGAUGUGAUUGCAACUGAUUAUGACAAUUUCGCUCUUGUUUCAGGAGCAAAAGACAGAAGCUUCAUACAAAUAUACUCAAGGAGACCUGACCCUGGACCUGAAUUCAUAGAGAAAUACAAGUCUUACUUGGCGAACUUCGGAUACGACCCGAACAAAAUCAAGGACACCCCACAGGAUUGCCAAGUAAUGUCAAACAGUCAGCUAGCUGCAAUGAUGUCGAUGCCCGGAAUGCAACAAGCUCUUACGAACCAGUUUCCUGAUCUGGAAUUGAGGGCCUCAGUUGUAUUUAACCCCUUUACCAGUGUAUUUGAUACUCUUAAGAAGCUUGUUGAGCUUUACUUCAAGUAGUUUCUCAACUCAGUACAACUUAUGAGGCUCUUAUGGAUUUUUUACAUUAACUUAAACAAUGAGAUAUUCUAUGUUCA